AAUUCUAUUAGUUGUACGCUUUUCGUAGCCGCAAAUCUAGCGAUCGUAAUAUUGCAUUUCACAUUCUCACUCUAAAACUAACUAUUUUUGUUUAUUAUCAUCAUCUUCUCAGAUCUCUUCUUAUUCGUCUCUUACUUCACUCAUCAAGAUCUGAGAGAGAAACAUAAUUUGAAAUUCGAAAAUGAAGCUCGGAAUCAUAACCAUUUCGUCUCUGCUAAUGCUGGUACUCGUCUCCGGCGAGAUUUCGACUAAAGUCUCACCGGCUCCGGCGCCGGAUCUAUCAACCGACGCUACAGAUUCGCCUCCAAUCCACGCGCCUACGCCGGAAUUUGGAUCCCCUUCACCAGCAGAGUCUCCGAUCGCAUACUCUUCUCUUCCGCAACCAGAAACAGAACACUCCCCAUCUCCAUCUCCUUCUCCGUCAGAUUCUCCAUCGCUAUCUCCGCCGUUGCCGGAUGAUCAUGCGUCUCCUUCAUCUUCUCCAUCUCCGUCUCCGUCGCAAGAAGCUAGCGAUUUGAACCACAGCGAUAUUACCGGUGUCGAAGAGGAAAAAUCAUCGGGAGGCGGUGGAAUGAGCGGCGGGAAGAAGGCUGGGGUCGCGUUUGGAACGAUCGCGGCGGUUUGUGUGGUUGGAUUGGCCGGAUUUGUGUACAAGAGACGGCAGGAGAAUAUUCGCAGAUCUCGGUACGGUUACGCCGCCAGAGAGAUGCUGUAAAGAGAGAGAGAUCCGGCGAGGAUAUAGCUUGAUUUAAUUUUUUUUGUUACUUUUCGAAUUUCGAAAAACAUUUAUUGAUAUAUUUGUUUGAAAAAAGUCCGUAUGAUUUUUUGCAGUUGUUUUCGUGGCUGAUUGAUUACCGAAAUCUUAUUAUUUGUAGUUAGUUCGAAACUACAAUUAUAUUUCUGAUUUAAUAAUUUGGAAAGUAUUAAUGCAUUUUAUUAUAGAG